AUGAAGGGCCUGAAAGCAGCCUGGGUAAAUGAUAGCAUCCUGAAAAAUGGCUUUCAGUGUGAAGAUCCACAUGGUCCUAGUGGGGACAAGGGCCUAGAAAUCUAUGGCACAGGGAGGCUGGGGUCUGAAGAGAUGGCUGGGACAAAGGCCAAGGAAAUGAAGCCUGAAAAGUGUGCCAUCUUCUCAGGAGCAGUGGAUGAGAAGGAGAGGUCUGAAGUGGUGGAGGAGAAGCCAGGAGGUGAAGAAAUGGAAGCAGUGGAGGAAAAAAAAGCGGUGAAUGAGGUGAAGGGCAAGGAAGGCCCCUGGUCCCUGACUGUGGAUCUCCACAUGAGCUUCCUGGAGGCUGUCCAGCCAGAAAUGAGCACUGUGAAUGCUCAAGUUGACAGAGCCAUACCAUAGGUGGAGCACAAGUUUGCAAAGGUAUUGCAGUACUACCUAGAGUGGAGGAACUACAUCGUUGAGACUAUCCCCAGCUUCUGGGUCAGGACUUUUUGGAACCACCCAUAGCUGUCCCCUCUGACUAGAGGCCAAGGAGAGAUGUUAAAGUACAUAACAAAUUUGGAGGUGAAGGACUUCAGAUACCCUAGGAUGGACUGAAAGUUCAAGUUCUUCUUUCAAAGAAACCCAUAGUACAGAAACAAUCUCACUGUCAAGGACUAUGAGGUUAGGACACCCAGCCAUGUGAUGUCUUUUGCCACUCCAAUCAUAUGACCCCCAGGCCAUGAAUCCCAAUCCUUCAUUCAUAGGAAUCAAGAUGUCAUCUGCAGCUUCAUUGCCUGGUUUUCAGACCACACCCUUCCAGAGUCAGACAGAAUUGCUGAGAUGAUCAAAGAGGACCUCUGGCCAAAUCCACUUGCACACUAUGUAUUGCAUGAAAGAGCUCAUAGAGCUAGACUUUGCCAGAUAAGGAAGCCAGUGGAUCCCUUUGGGUUCCAAUGUGGCUAA